AUGAGUAGUACUGACAUGAUGCGUUAAAUGAAUUCCGUUCCCGCCAAAAACUCAUAUUCAUUAUCAACGGGGAGAGUAAUCACAGCUGCUACACAAUAUGAACACAACAAGAGCGUGGUGUCGUCCACUUUCUGGGUCAAAUUGUAAACCGUUCUCCGUGAUAUGUGAUAUAAAUUUAUAAUCGAUCGUUGGUGACGAUUGUGUUCGGUCAUUUAUUUACACUGCGCGUUUGUAAUAUGUUCCGUUUUAAAUUAAAAGCUUAAAAACCAUAGAUAUAUAUGGAUACAACUCAGUUUCCUUAUCGCAGUUUUACAUAUUAUUAUUUAACAAAUGGUGAAUAGUGUGAUAGUGUGAUAUUUUAAGCAACUACUAUUUGAUUGUUCGUACUGCCCAUAGUUUUUUUUACUUAAAAAGCUGAACUAUUCAGAUUGAAUAGUCAUUGUUAUCUGUACUGCAACUUAUACUGAUUGGCAGUUGAAAAGUUUGAAUUCCAAUAAAUCAAUUAAUAAAUUGACUACAAAAAAUUUAUGAAAAUCCUCAACAGAAUCAUGUGUCACUAUAAGUGUAGAAACAGCGCUUAUCCUGGAACAGAUGGAAAGAUUGUUCGAUUUCAUGUACCAGAUGAUAAAGUGAAUUGGCAUUCCUUGUAUUCCAUGUAUAAUCCACCAAUAUUUACUUCAACAUCUGUUAUUGGUCAAUUGUGGGCUGAUCAAGAUAUAUAUGCAUUAGAAUUUAAACCCAAUUGGAAUUGUGUUGAUGGUAAUGUUAAUAGAAUUAGUUUUACUGGAAAAUAUAAUAUACAAAAUGGGUUUCCUCUGAAUCCUUGUGGCCGAACUGGUCUUAUUGGUCGAGGAGUUCUAGGACGCUGGGGUCCAAAUCAUGCUGCCGAUCCAAUUGUUACUCGUUGGAAAAAAUAUGAAAAUAAACAAGUAUUUCAUACAAUGAGUAAUAAACCUAUUCUUCAAUUUGUUGCUAUUCAAAGAAAGGAUUCAGGUGAAUGGGCAUUACCUGGUGGUAUGGUUGAUAUUGGAGAAGUAGUUUCAACUACUUUGAAAAGAGAAUUUAUGGAAGAAGCAAUGGAUUUGCUAGGAAAAUCUGAAGAAGAUACAAUAAAAAUAAAAAAAGAGAUAGAAGAAGUUUUCACAGAAGGUAUUGAAGUUUUUCGUGGAUAUGUGGAUGACCCUAGAAAUACAGAUAAUGCUUGGAUGGAAACUGUUGCAACUCUUUUUCAUGACGAUAAAGGAGUACAUGUUGGGAUGUUAAAACUUCAUGCUGGAGAUGAUGCUGUUGGAGUUAAGUGGGUAGAUUUAGAUAGGAAAUUAAAUUUAUAUGCCAAUCAUUUAUUAUUUUUGGAGAAUAUUGCUAAAAUACUCAAAUGUCAUUGGUAAUUUAAAAUAUAAUUUAUGUUUUUUAAGUAUUUUGUAUAAUUUCUUUACGUAUAAAUUAUCAAUUACAAUUAUUAAUGAUAAUUUUUUUAUAAGGUUUAAUAAUUAUAAACUCGAACAGUAUAAUGCUUUGGUAUGUAUUUAACAACCUUGAUUCAAUUUUCACAGAGUAAGACUUGCCUUAUCUUUCAUUAAAAUGCUAAAAUAUAUAUUUGUAAAUAACACAUUUGUAAUCUUUUAGUAAUGCUAAAUCAAAUUGAAGAUACAUUUAGAUUUCUUCAAAUAUCUUGUAAGUGCACUUUGUAAUCACUAUUUUUGAUAGCAAACAUUCCGUUGAUUAUAUGUAUGUAGUUUAUAUAUUAAAUAUUAUUAUUAUAGUUUUGAUAGUUG